UGUUUUCUUUUUCUUGGAAAUUAGACAUUAUUUCUAUCUGUAUUCUUCUUCUACCAACAUUUAAAAGAAUGCUGCUUUUCUUUUUGUUGCUGUAGAUUCUCUUUCCCUGACACAAAGAUACAUACAUAAAUUUAACAGGGUUCAGUUGGCAACUGGCCUAGCCGCGCCUCUGUGAGUGGGAGGAAAAAAGAGCUAGGAUAAAUAGAUAACAGAUAGGAUAGGACCCUAGAACAAUAUUGUUCUGCGUUAAAAGCUAGCUUAUCUGAAGAAGCUCUUGUCUUGUGGAAGUUGGAACCCUUGGCAUACAACAUAUAUACCUAUAUGUGUGUGUGUGUGUAUGUGUGUGUAUUGGUCUCGGGGUUAUUUAGAGCGCUAGGAAGUUGCUUGUUCUUGAUCGAGUUUUGUUGUUAUAUUAUGAAAGCCAAUAAUACUGCUGCUUCUAUUUCCUCAGAAUCCAUACAAAACCAGGGUUCGUUUUAAAGGAUUGUUUGUGUAUAGAAGAAUAUCAAUAUCAUGUCAUCUGUGAUAGCACGAACAGGGCGGCAUCGGCAACGCUACGAGAACAAUUUUCGCCUUGUUUCUGGAUGUAUUCCUUACCGGAUGACAGAAGACGAUGAAGAUCACAACGGCGAUAUUGAAAACAGGAUACAAGUUCUUAUGGUUUCAUCACCAGACCGUGAUGACAGAGUGUUCCCAAAAGGCGGAUGGGAGGAUGAUGAGACUGUCUUAGAAGCUGCUUGCCGUGAAGCCUUUGAGGAAGCAGGGGUGAAAGGAACACUAAGAGAAACUCCUCUGGGAGUUUGGGAGUUCAGAAGCAAAAGUAGCCAGAAAAUAGAAAGCCUGGAAGGAGGCUGCAGAGGGUACAUGUUUGCAUUAGAGGUCACUGAAGAGCUUGAGAGCUGGCCAGAGCAGCAAAACCGUGAUAGAAAAUGGCUAAACAUAAAGGAGGCAUUUAGACUGUGCCGGUACGAAUGGAUGUGUAGAGCAUUGGAGGAGUUUGUGAGAGUUAUGGAAGUUUCUGAUGAUGAUGAGGGUGGAAAAAUUGAGAUAGGAGGAGAAGAGAAAGGGGAGGCAUCUGCCAAUGUCAAUGCCAUGCCUAGUGUUCCUGCUGUGACAGAUCAUCAUGUGGUGGCUGAAUGUCAAAUAGUGUCCUCAAACUGUUGCAAAGAGAUAAAGCCGCCUUCUACUAGUCAACAACUGGUCAUAUCAUUCAUUGUCAUGGCACCUGGCUCUCAAGGGGUUUGCCAUUGAGUCAUUGACAUGAAUCAUGGUCACAUCCUUUCUUCCUGCUGGGCUUCAACUCUCAUCUCUCUAUGCCAUUGCCAGUAGUGUAGGCCAGUAGCCCCUUCAAUAUCUCAGUCUACUCCAUAAAUGUUUGGUGAAACCAUCUCAUUUUUAUCAGCUUUUAAAUUCUUCUUCUUUUUCUUCUUAUAUGUAGUAUGUAGAUGCAAACUAACUUCAACUUGAUGUAAAAUAUGUAUUUUAUGUAUAAAUGUAAGCUACAUUUCGAUAUCCCUGAUCACCUUAAUAUGUAUAUUAGCUCUUUCUCUC